UGCCACCGUUUGUCAGCUUGGGGUCUCCUCUACUCCGUCUGCCUUUUAAAUAGUUGGUCAGAAAUGCAAAUAGAGAGAACCUGUCCAUAACUAUUCUUCCAGAGCCACAAGUGGAGUCAGCCUUAUGUCUGGCAGCCUAACAGGCCUCUUCGCAGCUAGGUGCGAGCAGUAAUGGGUGACUGGAGUCUUUUGGGAAACAUCCUUGAAGAAGUACAGGAGCACUCAACGAUAGUGGGAAAGGUCUGGCUCACUGUGGUCUUUAUUUUCCGUAUCCUUGUCCUGGGCACUGCAGCCGAGUCCUCCUGGGGAGAUGAGCACAGCGACUUUGAAUGCGAUACCCUGCAGCCUGGUUGCACCAAUGUGUGCUACGACAAGGCUUUCCCCAUCUCACACAUCCGCUAUUGGGUUCUUCAGAUUAUAUUUGUUUCAACCCCCUCCCUCAUCUACAUGGGACAUGCUAUGCAUACAGUCCGCAUGGAGGAGAAAAAGAGACUCAGAGAGCAUGAAGACAGGGCCCAAGGUGGCAAAGAGUAUCUAGAAGACAAGGUGGACGUAUCAAUGAAAGAAGAAGCCACUGUCAAGAUCAAGCUCAAGGGGACUUUACUCCAGACAUAUGUCUUCAGUAUCCUCAUCAGGACUGUUAUUGAGGUGGCUUUCAUUGUGGGUCAGUAUCUUAUUUACGGGAUCUUUCUGAAACCCCUCUACCACUGCCGUAAUUGGCCUUGUCCUAAUCCUGUGAACUGCUUCAUGUCCAGGCCAACUGAGAAGAACGUCUUCAUAGUGUUCAUGCUUACUGUGGCGGUCUUCUCACUGUUUCUGAGUGUGGUGGAGCUUUACCAUCUUGGAUGGAAGAAGUUCAAGCAGUGUUUGAGAACCUACAACUCCUCCCCUAACCCUGUUGCAACUGCCCCCAUCUCCAAGGAACCUGACGCACCAGCCAGACCCUCUCAGGCUUGCACACCUACACCAGAUUUCAACCAGUGUUUGGUGGCGACCAAUGGCCAUUGCAACCCUUUCAAUAACAAGCUGGCCCACCAGCAGAACUCUGCCAAUAUGGCCACAGAGCGUCACCAUAGUCGUGACAACUUGGAGGGUAAAGAUUUUCUCCAAAUGCACUACCUGCAAGGAAGUGAGACCUCCAAUAGUUCAGCUGCCCCUCCUGGGCAUGAGAACCUUUUUAAGGAUAAACGUAGACUCAGCAAGGCCAGCGGGUCCAGUAGUAGGGUGAGAUCUGAUGACCUAGCAGUAUAAUCCUAAAUGCUGAAGCCAACCCAUUUAUCCCUAUGGGUUGAUUUAUUGCACUGUAGUAGUGUGGUUUAGCAGCAAUAUAUACUUUCUCUGGGCUAAGUGUGUUGUCAACUUUCCCUUCCUAUUGGAGUGCUGGUCGGUCUGCAAGAGAAAACUCAAAUUUGGAAUCAAAUGUUACUGUAUGUCAACUAUAGCUAUGGAUUUAACAAUUAAAGAAAUUAAUUUCAUAUUACCCUUUUAAAAUGAGGAUCAUAGAUAGCCUUUCUGAGAUGUGCAGUGGUUCACUGUGUAGAACAAUACAUUGCAAUACAUACAUAUAAUACAGCAAUGUCAGAAUGAUAUAUUCUCCUCCUCAAAACGAACUUAAAGCCACAUGGAAAGCCCUUAUCAAUUGUUAUUUAAUAAAUUACAAUGAUUGGUUAUGUUGCAUAAUAACCCAACCCACAUAGAAAACAGACAUACACAGAUGCAAUUUUUUGUUGGUAGAUUUGAACACUUUACUUUUUUUUUUUUUUUUUUUUUUAAAUUAAGUCGUUGCCAAUUAUUUUUUAUUAUUUUCUCCCAAUUUGAAAUGGCCAAUUAUUUUAUUACGGUCGGCUCACCGCUAUCACCCUGCGCUGGAGGGCGAAGACGAACACACGCUGUCCUCCGAAGCGUGUGCUGUCAAGCCGACCGCUUUUUUUCACACUGCAUACUCACCAUGCAGCCCAAGAGCUACAGCAUCGGAGGACAACGCAGCUCUCGGGCAGCUUACAGGCAAGCCUGCAGGCGCCCGGCCAGACUACAGGGGUCGCUGGUGCGCGGUGAGCCGAGGACACCCUGACCGACCUAACCCUCCCUCCCCCCGGGCGACGCUCGGCCAAUUGUGCACCACCCCUUGGAAGCUCCUGUCCUCGAUCGGCAAAGGAAUAGCCUGGAUUCGAACUCGCGACUUGCAGACUAUAGAGCGCAUUCUGCACUCACGUGGAGCGCCUUUACUGGAUGCGCCACUCGGGAGCUCCCCUUGAACACUGUCCUUAAACAGAAUAUACGUAUGGUGCGCCAUUUGUGCAAAAACUAUCCAGCCAUUCAUUUGUCAAUUCAUUUGUCAAUUUGUUUGUCAAUUCAUGAAUUGGUCCAUUUGUCCAGCAAUUCGUCCAUAAAUUCAUCAAUUCAUACAGUAAUUCAUAAACGUAUUUGUUAAUUCAUCUACUAAUUCAUUAAUUAAAGCAGUAAAUACAGCUACUGCUGAUCACACGUCAUAGAUUAUAACAGCUUUCGGAAGUAGGUAACGGGAAAUUUAAAAGCUAUAUCAUAUCAGAUAUAUUUUAUUACUAUUUUAGUGUAUGUUAAUUAUUUGUGAAAUCAUUUUAUAACAAAUAUACGGAUGAACAUUACGCCCUUUCUAAUAAACUGCAAUAUUAUUGGCUGAAGCAGUUCUGAGUGAGGCUGGAUUUUCAUUGGUUAAAAUAUUAGUGUGUGCUCCCAUUGGCUAGAAAGGCUGAGUGUUUUCUGCACAGUGCAAAAUUGACAGUUGGAAGUUUGUCUGUUUGUUGGGAAGUUCGUCUGGUUGAUUGGAAAUCUGCAGGUCAAGUGCCGAGCAAACGCUUCAAACUAAAGUUCGUACAGCCUUUCGUAUUAAUGACCAAUUCAUGAAUUUGCAAAUUAAUGGCUGGAUAGUUUUGGCACAAAUGGCGCUCCAUACAUAUGGAAACUACAAAUAUGUGAAGUGUUCUUUUUCUAGAGAACUGUCCUAACGUAUCUAGAGUAUCCCCACACGCCUAAUGAUAAGAUAGCAAAGGUGGGAGAUUAACCUCAGCUACUGUAUUAAAACUAAAGCACUCCAAACGAAGCUCUACCAGGUGGUUCUUUAUUAAUGGUUAUUUAUAAUCAUUUAAACUGUAGUAUGGACCCAAUCAUUCAAACUGUAGUUUGAAUCCAAGCAUUAAAACUGUAGAGCUGGGUCCAAAUUACUUGGAACAUUCAGAAUUUCUUCUUUGUGUUUUUUACUCUUUUUAUAUUUAACCACAUAGUAAACCACAUCCCGCAGUAAGAAGAUCCUCCAGUUUUCAUCAUUAGCUACAACCAGCGGUCCAAAUAAACUCUGUACCUGCAUUUUUUACGCAUUAAAAAAUCUGAAAUACACACUAAAUUUAAAUGUAAUGCGUAAAAAUAUGCAAAAUAGCAAUUUUUUAAUGCCUAAACCAUUAUCAUUAAAGAUUGUACAGUAUUUAUCGAGAUUACUCAUGACUUUAAGGUAAUGUUGCAUUUUACCCCCUGAAAAUACAUUUUACUCUCUCAGUGUUAAAAUUAGAGGGUAAGUUACUCCCAGACCCAAAACCUUAUCUGGAUUGCUGGCUACAAACAUCACCUUUUUACUGUGAUUAUUUGAUUGAUUAUUUCAUUUUUUUGUAAUAUGAAAUGUGGAUUUGUUUUUGGUCUUUAAAUGUUUGUUAAUAAUUGCACUGGAUCCAUUUAUAUUAAUUUGCCUCUCAUGGCCACAGUUCUCAAUAGCUAUAAGCUCAGUCCUAUGCAGUAUUAAUAAUAAUGAUGGUAUGCAUUAUUCUUUAAAUACUGAAUACAUGUGCUGCAGAACAGAAUAUGUAAUCGGUUUGCUUGCAAUACAUUUAAUACUUCUUCCUUGUGUGUUUUGUCUUAGUGUUGUAAUAUGCAGCAAUCAUCAUCAGUAAGCACAACUAAAAGGACAUGUUCUUGCAUGUUUCAACCUAAUGGACAGAAACAAUAUAAUCAUAUAGGUUAAGCAAGUCAUGCCCACGCCUGCCUGUAUGCUUUGUUCUUUUUAAAAGCUUUGUUUCAUUUUUUUUCUUUCUUUCUAAUAAUGUGAUGUGAUGUGUUCCCUUACAGUGAAGUAGUUGGAUAUGAAAAGUUUCAUGCCUAAUUUCUAACAUUUCUAAAUUAGGUGAAACUCAUUCAAAAUGGGUGUUUAUUCAGAUACUGAAAUUAACAUUUGUUUUCUCUGGUUACUUUGGUUGAUGAUUCCACAGUUUCAACAAUUCUAUAGUUUUAAGUUGAAUUGUAAAAUUAAUUUAAAGCCUAAAGAAUGAUGCUUAAAGAAGAUUUCUGAAAAUAUCAAACUUCAUUAAAUCAGUUCUAAAUCAGAGAUAAUUAAAACUGCUUCAGAAGCCGUUUUAUAGCCUGAUGUGGAGUAUGAUUGACAUUAUAGGGAUUUAAUUGUUAAAACUGUUACCACAGAAAAUUGGUGACUAUUUUAAUGUACAUUUUGCUAGUUCAUGUUUUUGGAGUAAUUGUUCAGAUGUGAUUUAUACUGCCUUUUUAAUGUCCACUUACUAUAUAUAUAUAUAUAUAUAUAUAUAUAUAUAUAUAUAUAUAUAUAUAUAUAUAUAUAUAUAUAGACAGAGGGAGUAGGUGGGGCUGAGAACGAUGACACUGUUGCAUUGAAUGGAAAGAGGAAGACUUUGGCAGUUAUGAUUCCACAGACUGAUUUAUAGAUAAAUUAUAGUAGCUCAGUAUUGGAGCAACACAACUCAGAACCGCUCGGAAUUAUUACAAAGACCAAAAAUUAAAGGGAUACAACAAAAGUGAAUUUAAAAUCACUGUAUUGCUGUUUCAGUGAUACAGCACUGAAUUGAGAAAUUCCAAUUGACUUGGUUACUGAACUUCUGAUGAGAAACAGAAUUUAUUUGGCCACUAGAUGGAGACUUUUUUUUUUGUUUGUUUACCUUGUUAAAGGACAAAACAUUUAAUAAUGUAUAUUUUAUAUAUAGAUGUGCAGCUCUUUUCUUAAAAUUGAAUUAUUAUUAAACAUGUAUUGCAUUGUGGUAUCUAAAAUCUGAAUUUAAGUACAUGUUUAAAGAUGUAAUCGUUUUUUUGUGUUUUUUUUCAUUGUUGAUUGAAAGUGUAUCAGUUCAAAUUAAUGAUGUUAUUGAUUGAUGAUUGGUAAAGAGGAUGUGGUGGUGUAUAUUGCGCUCAAUGUUCCUGAAUGCAUGGCUGAAUACAUUUUUACUACUCCGAUGAGUUAUUUCCAUGCAUUUCAUAUGAGAAUAUUGUGUAUCUUUUCUUACUGAUUGUUGAGACCAGAAGCAGUAAAGGCUCCUUCUUGGCUUCUGUUAUAUUAAAACUACAAAACUCAUUUUGCCAAUGUAGCUACUACUGGAUUGUAUUUUUCCCCAUUUAACUUUUUGUUUUUUACAACUUUUUUAUAUUUUACAAACUGAUUUGAGUUCAGAUAUUUGAAAGUCUUUUUAAAGAUGGAAAAAGUGAGGGAAAAUCAAUUUUGCACUAUAUUUUGUAUAAAGUUUUGUUUACUAAUUGCUGAAGUAGACUUGUGUGUAAACCAUAUACUCUGCCUUGUUUAGCUUUAAUGCUUUUUUGUUGUUUUCAAUAUUUUGUUGACUGCAAACUUGAAUCUUCAUUUAAAAACAUCUGCAUUGUUGUGUGCAAGUUUAAAAUGUGUUAUACAGUACAUCCUGUACAUUAUUCUACAAAACGAAUAAAGUUCAUGCACAGUUUA